AUGAAGAAUAUUGCGGAAAAACAGAGCUAUGAUCCAGAAUUAAAAGUCCAACUGUUCCUGGAUGCCCUAGCGGCUCUCGGUGAAAAACCAGUCGAAGAGGGGAGCCUGAUUGCGCGCUUAUGCUCCUUACUGAUUAUCGUUUUUUGGCGACACUAUACAAAAGCUGGACCUUCCGCUAGUCUCAGUUUACAAAGAAGCUUUGACCGGUUAAGACUUUGGUCUGAUAAUUAUGGGAUAUGCGCUGGUGAACAAGACACCAGCUUCAGCAAAUCCAGACAUUUGAGACGCACCACUACAGAGAUUCUGACCAGCAUCAGUGAUACUGUUCUUGAGAGACUUGAACCAAUGACAUCUUCGAAGAAAAACGAAGUAUCAAAUACAGCUGGAGAAUCAACAAGAAAGUUGCAAGAUAUCCUUGAGGCGGCUCAUAGCGCUAUGGACCAUGACGCCAACUCAUCAGAUAGCGGCUCUGAUUACGGCCCUGACAGUUUUAUAGAGAUCUCGAAAGACCUCGAAACAGAUACCAUGUGUCUCAUGGCACUGGAUACACUAUUUCAAAGCGUCGAAAUGGAACCAUUUGUCGAGAAAACAGCUUUUGCAGACGAAGCACAGAGUUGGCUACCACAUGAUAUCUACAAAGACAAGAUCCAGACAAGAUUUCCACGAGCAGAAAACUCUUUGAUUUUGAGACUCUCCAAAACUGCAUACCACCGCUAUCUCAGGUGCCAAAAAGAACGGCUAAAUCAAGCGGCAGAGGUUGGGAAUACCGAUCCGCCUACACGAUCAGAGGGUUCCAGUUCCAAAUUUCACGACUCAGGACUCGGAACUUCAGACCCUUCUUCGGCCUCUGUAGCAGAAACAGUCAUGUCGUACCAUACCGAAGGAGGGAACCCGAUUAGAAUUCCGCCAUUAUCAAAAGAAGCAAAAGAGGGCCAGCCUUUUGAGUGUGUUUCUUGUGGUAAACUACUCUCCAUCCGUAAUAACUCAAAAUGGAAGCAGCACCUAUACAAAGAUCUGCUUCCCUGGCAAUGCCUUUACCCAGACUGUUCUUUUACCGCAGUUUUUGAAUCCCGCGAGGAUUGGGUAGCUCAUGUUUUAGAUGAUCACAAGCUCGGGCCGACUUGGCGUCCGAUUAUCUGCCCCCUUUGUCUCGAGACAACUGCCCCGGGAAUGAUCUCUAUCACGAAGCAUCUUUGUAACCAUCUUGAAGAGAUAUCUUUAGCGGCACUUCCGGUAAAUCCAGAUCUUGAGUCAGACGCGGAGUCCGAAGGUGAUUCGGUGUUUUCUGGAUCCCAGGUAGAAAGUAUAAGUGAGAAGAACGACACAGCAGAUCCUCACACAGAUAUCCCAGGUAAACCAGUUCUACAACACGCACGUGAUUAUGUUGAGGAGGUCAAGGUAGCGUUCCUCGACCGCCCUCACGUAUAUCGACGGUUUCUUGAUAUUUUGUCCGACUACAAUUCAAAUGUCUUAAGACUCGACUUGAAGAGCGUAGUGCACGAGGUGCGGGAUCUUUUUGUAGGUACUAACCAUGAGAAUUUGAGCUCGAUGAUGGUCGGUUUCAGCAGGUUCCUGCCAUCUGGAUUCUUUAUCGACAGUGAUUUCAAUUUACGGUUUCCAGAUGAUGCAACACCACCAGAUGAACUUGAUGCUUCCGAGAUACGACCAACUGGAGGGGACGCUGUAUUGAUCGCGUAUCUUAAGUAUCUUAAUAAUGGUAGCGAUCCCGAGAUUGCUCGAGCGGCGGGUGAAUCCCUUCCGCCGGAUGAUAUCAAGAUGAAGAAUAAAAAGUUGAAUUUGCUGAAGCUGUUUCUGUGGAACAGCCGACCAGAUGGCCAGGCGACAGACAGUUACUAUUCAGAGGGUGGCUUUUGCGACAAAUCAGCACCUACGUCGCCGUCGAUAUACCACCCUGCAAUAUGGACCAAUCUAUUGAAGACAUCCCCCAUUGUCACCAUCACCAUCACCACCUGCAGUACCAUAGUCAUCAUCAUCACCACGGCCCCCUUCAAGAUGUACCACGUUCCAUGGGACAGCAGAAUAAAUCACACUACAAACUGGAUCGGUAUCAAACCUCCAGCCUCAAGACCUACAAAGAUGCUAGACUAUGCCUGUGGUAACGGUGUGGCAUCUCGCGCACUCGCACCAUUCAUGUCCACUGUUAGAGGCAUGGACAUAUCACCAGCAAUGGCAGAGCAGUACAACAAAAUGGCCCUCAAAGCAGGAUACACUCCGGCAAAAAUGCAUGCCUUGCAAGGCGAUAUCAUCGAGCCAGAAUUGACACCAUGCCCCGAACUCAACACACCGGCAUUUUUCAACUUUGAUUUAAUAGUCAUGUGUAUGGCCCUCCACCAUAUUGAAGACCCAGAAGAUAUGAUCUUGCAGCUCUCCAAAAGACUGAGACCAGGUGGACUUUUGCUUAUCAUUGACUGGGUUUCACAUUUGGACAGCACAACUCAGGAAGGCGAGAAUUGGAAGAUGGACUUUUCGAAAUUAAGUGUUAAUAGAAUGGGGUUCGAAGAAGACGAGGUUAAAAAUGCGUACGAUAAGGCUGGGCUGGAAGACUGGUCUUGGAAAUGGACUUCGACGCCAUCUCAGGUACCUAGAGAGAUUGGAGGCUUUAUUGUUACACGGGCCUUCUUGUAG